AUGAAUUCAGGAAAGUGGUUUGUCGAGGAAAUGGGUAUAAGUGGGUUGUUGGAGAGAUGGGCUGUUGGCGAAAUGGCUGUUGGUGAAAUUGGUGUUGGCGAAAGAGUUUCACCAGUUUCACCAGCAUCUCUGUACAAAUUAUAUAAAUAUAUUUGUGAGAGUGAUACAAACUCAAAAAGGAAGAUGGCAAUACAAAAACAAAAAAAAGGGCGGAAAUACAAGAAAACGGGUGUUGUAUCACCCGCAAAAAUAAAGUUUCAGGGUAGUAACCAAAGACUCU